AUGAGAGCCAACGCCCUGCUAUAUGCACACGUACAUGCAGCAGCGAGAGCGGAGUUUGAGGCCCGCGCUUUGGGAGCUGGCAGUAAGUUUGUUGGAUUCCAGGCCUUAGCACGACGUGCUGGAGGAGCAGCACUGGGCUAUUCGGUAUCGUUGAUCAUGGCAAGUGGCGUCUACGGCGGCUGUGUGGGCAACAUCCAGAUCAUCCGCGACUUGACUCCUUUUGUGGCCAAGCUAAUGGACGACGGGGUGAGUGAGCUGACUGAGAGUGGGCAAGAAAACGUCAAACAGAUCAUCAUGUGGGCGUUGUUGGCAGUGGUGCUGUUGCCAUUGUGCAUGCUACGCAAACUGUCAGCUCUUCAACCAACGAACUACGCGACCUCCGACCUGCCUUCUCUUCAGGGCAACAGCUUCACUCGACUGGCUCAAUCGCUUUCCAUUUACAACUUUGCCUUCAUAAUGACACUCAAUUUGUUGCCAUUAUUCGUGCAACUCCUCAAAUCCAACGGUGGUAGUAGCAACACGAGAAGAGGUGGAGCAAUUAGAAAUCCCACGACGUUCGUGACAGCCCCCUCGCUCUUGGCUACUCGUUCUCAAAUGACGAGAUGCAUUUUUGGUGCUACAUUUAUCUGUGCAGCACUCUAUGGUGCCAUGGGCUGUGCAGCGUUCAGUCUCUAUGGUGACCACAUCGACGGAAACAUUUUACUGAACCUGCAGAGCGACCCAGUCAUAAAAUUCCCGCUGGUUGCGACGUACUUGGCCGUUCUGUUGACGUUUCCAUUGCUUUUCCUUCCGCUGCCAAUUUCCAGAUGA